CCAUUGCGUCAGUACUCCUCUAUUAUUCAUUCCCCUUACAGUCCCAUUUUCAGACAGAAUCAGUUGCACUCAACCAGUUCUAAAAUUAAAUAUGAAACUAAAAUUUAAAUUUAAAAUAAUUUCAGAGAUAUUUCAGGAAAACUUUAGGUUUAUAUUUUUUAAGUUAUAUAUUUCAGAAACCCUUGAGUGCCUACCAGCUGACCCGAAGACAAUUUUAUUCGCUUAUUCAAAUGAUUUGGAGGCCAGUGUUGUUUCACAAUCUGCCAGAGCUCUGUUUGUAGGCUUGGGCUUUAGUGUAAAAAAAUUUGCAAACGUUCGAUUUGACACUAGCCAAUCUGCAGAAAUAUACUACAGUGAUAACUUCAAACAGUUCAACACAUCAGUGAAUGCCAACCUUCCCGAUCCAUCUCUUGGAUUUAAAAGCAGUUCAAUUGGUAGUGACUCGUUGAAAAUUGUUGAGAAUUUUUACGACAUCUCACCAUUCUCUCUUUGCGGCUCUAUUGUUGUAAUUCUCUCAAAGCGAAAUCCAAAUGAAAAUGACAUUACCAAUCUAGUGACUAAAGUUCGAUCGCAUCAUGGAAUGGUUCAUGUAAUUUCAUCAAAUACUCCAUCAGGUGGAUCUCAACCACUUACCCUCUAUGACCUCUCAUCUAAAACAAAUGGAUUAACCGAUUUUCGAAAUGAUGAUCAAUUCUACAAUUCUCAAAUUCGUUCUGUUGGGCUAUUUUGGCCUGUAGUCCUUUACGCGGUAAAUACAGUUGUGUCCGGCAAUGGCUCCACUGUACUGCCUCCGCUAUUACAACCUUGCCAGUUACCUAAUGGAGCCAACUUUGCAGUUACUGUACAAAAUCAUGGUCCGAUUGAUACAUUCCAAUCAUUUCAUCUCUCUUGGUACAAUGCUUCUUCAACUUCUAAUGGUGGUUUUCAUGGAUAUAACUCUUAUUUUGAGAAAAAUAGCACAAUUCGAACAGGUGGUUAUACUCUUGAUGCUGCUAUCUACAACAUGACCCUUGACUACUCAUAUUCGGACAAUACGCUUAUCAAGAUGCAGAUCAGACAAUACAAUUGGAUCCAAAUUAACUACUGGCCACCAUAUGCUGACUAAAUGCCAAGUUUUGCAAUUAAUUUGAAUAAAUAUUUGAACAUUCCAAUA